UCCUCGCCGCCGCCGCCGCCUCGGCCCCUCGCGAAGCGCCGGGCCGCUCGGGAACAUGGCCCUGGAGCAGCUCUGCGCGGUCCUCAAAGUGUUGUUAAUAACAAUACUUGUAGUCGAAGGGAUUGCUGUGGCCCAAAAGACCCAAGAUGGACAAAAUAUUGGAAUCAAGCAUAUUCCUGCAACCCAGUGUGGCAUUUGGGUUCGAACCAGCAAUGGAGGUCAUUUUGCUUCACCAAAUUAUCCUGACUCUUAUCCACCAAACAAGGAGUGUAUCUACAUUUUGGAAGCUGCUCCACGUCAAAGAAUAGAGUUGACCUUUGAUGAACAUUAUUAUAUAGAACCAUCAUUUGAAUGUCGGUUUGACCACUUGGAAGUUCGAGAUGGGCCAUUUGGUUUCUCUCCACUUAUAGAUCGUUACUGUGGCGUGAAAAGCCCUCCACUAAUUAGAUCAACAGGGAGAUUCAUGUGGAUUAAGUUUAGUUCUGAUGAAGAACUUGAAGGACUGGGAUUUCGAGCAAAAUACUCAUUUAUUCCAGAUCCAGACUUUACUUACCUAGGAGGUAUUUUAAAUCCCAUCCCAGAUUGCCAGUUUGAGCUCUCGGGAGCUGAUGGAAUAGUGCGUUCUAGUCAGGUAGAACAAGAAGAAAAAACAAAACCUGGUCAAGCUGUUGAUUGCAUAUGGACAAUUAAAGCUACUCCAAAAGCCAAGAUUUAUUUGAGGUUCCUAGAUUAUCAAAUGGAGCACUCAAAUGAAUGCAAGAGAAACUUCGUUGCAGUUUAUGAUGGAAGCAGUUCUAUUGAAAAUCUGAAGGCUAAAUUUUGCAGCACUGUGGCCAAUGAUGUGAUGCUGAAAACAGGAGUUGGAGUGAUCCGAAUGUGGGCAGAUGAAGGUAGUCGGCUAAGCAGAUUCAGAAUGCUCUUUACUUCCUUUGUGGAGCCUCCCUGCACAGGUAGCACUUUCUUCUGCCACAGCAACAUGUGCAUCAAUAAUUCUUUAGUCUGUAACGGUGUUCAGAACUGUGCAUACCCUUGGGAUGAAAAUCACUGUAAAGAAAAGAAAAAAGCAGGACUGUUUGAACAAGUCACUAAAACCCAUGGAACAAUUAUUGGCAUCACAUCAGGGAUUGUCUUGGUCCUUCUCAUUAUUUCUAUUUUAGUACAAGUGAAACAGCCUCGAAAAAAGGUCAUGGCUUGUAAAACUGCAUUUAAUAAAACUGGAUUUCAGGAAGUGUUUGAUCCUCCUCAUUAUGAGCUGUUCUCCCUAAGGGACAAAGAGAUUUCUGCAGACUUGGCCGACCUGUCAGAAGAACUGGACAACUACCAGAAGAUGCGGCGCUCCUCCACCGCCUCCCGCUGCAUUCAUGACCAUCACUGUGGGUCACAAGCAUCCAGUGUCAAACAGAGCAGGACCAACCUGAGUUCCAUGGAACUGCCUUUCCGAAAUGAUUUUGCACAACCACAGCCAAUGAAAACAUUUAACAGCACCUUCAAAAAGAGUAGCUACACUUUCAAACAGGCACAUGAGUGCCCUGAACAGGCCCUAGAAGACAGAGUAAUGGAGGAGAUUCCUUGUGAGAUUUAUGUCAGGGGGCGAGAAGAUUCUGCACAAGCGUCCAUAUCCAUUGAUUUUUAAUCUUCUACUAAGGGGACAUUAGUUAUUAAGUGUGUACGUAUGCAGUCUACUGAGCACCCAUACUCUUCAGCCGCCAACCCUUUUCUCGUAUCAGAACUAGGAAGACCUUCAUUCCCACUAACCUACUGUAAUGGUGAAGCUUUUAUUGUCUCAGGCAGCCUAUGUGUUAAACCAAUCAAGGGACCUACUCCAGUCCAUGAACAAAGUAACAGUCACUAUUGCUUGGUGUCACACACACAAGGUAUGAGCAAAAUAGUAUCCGAAGAGGGGAAUGGUGGUGCUGAGCCUGGCUCAGACUGCCUGUUAGGCUUAGAACAAGAAACUGCUCUGGUUGAUACAGCUUGUCAACAUUUUGAUCCCACAAUAAGUUUAAAAAAUAAGA